AUGGCUUUGGAUGCUAAACCACGCUUGAUUAGAUGGAUACUCUUACUACAAGAGUUUGACUUGGAAAUUCGAGAUAAGAAGGGCAGUGAUAAUGUUGUGGCUGACCAUUUGUCCAGGCUUAAUGAAAACCAUGGAGUUGGGCAAACUUUGCCCCUAAAUGAAUCAUUUCCAGAUGAACAACUCCUUGUUGUUCAAGAAAAAGAACCAUGGUAUGCAGAUUUUGUUAAUUAUCUUGCUUGUGGUAUAAUGAGAAAUGACCUUUCUUUUCAGGAAAGAAAGAAAUUCCUUGCCAUGGUAAAGCACUACGUUUGGGACGAACCAUAUUUGUUCAAAUAUUGCCCUGACCAAAUCAUUAGGAGAUGUGUCCCAGAGAAUGCUUUUGAUUUUUGUUCUAAGUGUGAUAGGUGCCAGAAAAUGGGGAACAUUAGCCAAAGAAAUGAGAUGCCAUUGAACAACAUUUUGGUGGUGGAGCUCUUUGAUGUUUGGGGAAUCGAUUUCGUGGGACCAUUUCCAUCCUCUUUUGGCCACUUAUACAUAUUAGUGGCAGUAGAUUAUGUAUCCAAAUGGGUUGAAGCCAUUGCUACAAGAACUAAUGAUCAUAAGGUUGUUUUGAAUUUUCUUAAAGAUGUGAUUUUUUGUAGGUUUGGAACCCCAAGAGCUAUUAUUAGUGAUGGUGGCAGCCAUUUCUGCAACAAGCCCUUUGAAUCCUUGAUGAAGAAGUACAACAUCAACCACAAAGUGGCAACCCCAUACCAUCCUCAAACCUCAGGACAAGUGGAGAUUAGCAAUAGGGAGAUCAAGAACAUUUUGAUGAAGACUGUGAGCCCUACAAGGAAGGAUUGGUCAUUGAGGUUGAAUGAUGCACUCUGGGCAUAUAGAACGGCAUACAAGACCCCCAUUGGGAUGAGUCCUUAUCGCCUUGUGUUUGGGAAAGCUUGUCAUUUGCCAAUGGAGCUUGAACACUGUGCAUAUUGGGCCAUCAAGAAGUUCAACCUUGAUUACAAGGAUGCUGGAAUGGCAAGGAAGCUCCAACUUAAUGAGUUGGAAGAACUUAGAAAUGAGGCAUAUGAGAAUGCCAAAAUCUACAAAGAACGAAUUAAGCUCUAUCAUGACAAAGCCAUCACAAGGAAGGAGUUUCACCAAGCGGGUCAUUCAUUUUAUUGUUUUCUUGAUGGAUAUUCUGGUUAUAAUCAAAUUGUUAUUGCCCCGGAUGAUCAAGAAAAGACUACUUUUACAUGCCCCUUUGGUACAUUUGCUUAUCGUCGCAUGCUAUUUGGGUUAUGUAACGGACCUGCUACAUUUCAAAGAUGCAUGAUGAGCAUAUUUUCAGAUUAUGUUGAGAAAAUUAUUGAGGUUUUUAUGGAUGAUUUCAGUGUGUUUGGUAAAUCAUUUGAUGGUUGUUUAAGUAAUCUUAGUUUGAUUUUGAACCGUUGUGUUGAAACAAAUCUUGUGCUUAAUUGGGAAAAAUGUCACUUCAUGGUUAAACAAGGUAUUGUUUUAGGACAUAUUAUUUCUGAAAAAGGCAUUGAAGUAGAUAAAUCUAAGGUAGACCUUGUUCGUCACUUACCCGCUCCAACUUCGGUUAGAGAGGUUCGUUCGUUUCUUAGUCAUGCAGGUUUUUAUAGGCGGUUCAUAAAGGAUUUCUCGAAGAUUGCACAGCCACUAUGCCGAUUGCUGCAAAAAGAGGUGGCGUUUGAGUUUGAUGAUGCAUGCUCCACGGCAUUCAAGCACCUCAAGGAGGGUCUCACUUCGGCUCCCAUUAUCACACCUCCAGAUUGGAGCCUUCCAUUCGAGUUGAUGUGCGAUGCUUCGGACUAUGCGAUUGGUGCUGUUUUGGGGCAGCGGAAGGACAAACAACCUCAUGUUAUUUAUUAUGCUGAUGGAUACUCUGGGUAUAAUCAAAUUGUUAUUGCACCGGAUGAUCAAGAAAAGACUACUUUUACAUGCCCCUUUGGUACAUUUGCUUAUCGUCGCAUGCCAUUUGGUUUAUGUAAUGCACCUACUACAUUUCAAAGAUGCAUGAUGAGCAUAUUUUCAGAUUAUGUUGAGAAAAUUAUUGAGGUUUUUAUGGAUGAUUUCAGUGUUUUUGGUAAUUCAUUUGAUGGUUGUUUGAGUAAUCUUAGUUUGAUUUUGAACCGUUGUGUUGAAACAAAUCUUGUGCUUAAUUGGGAAAAAUGUCACUUCAUGGUUAAACAAGGUAUUGUUCUAGGACAUAUUAUUUCUGAAAAAGGCAUUGAAGUAGAUAAAUCUAAGGUAGACCUUGUUCGUCACUUACCCUCUCCAACUUCGGUUAGAGAGGUUCGUUCGUUUCUUGGUCAUGCAGGUUUUUAUAGGCGGUUCAUAAAGGAUUUCUCAAAGAUUGCACAGCCACUAUGCCGAUUGCUGCAAAAAGAGGUGGCGUUUGAGUUUGAUGAUGCAUGCUCCACGGCAUUCAAGCACCUCAAGGAGGCUCUUACUUCGGCUCCCAUUAUUACACCUCCAGAUUGUAGCCUUCCAUUCGAGUUGAUGUGCGAAGCUUCGGACUAUGCGAUUGGUGCUGUUUUGGGGCAGCGAAAGGACAAACAACCUCAUGUUAUUUAUUAUGCAUCUAGAACAUUAAAUGAUGCUCAAUUAAAUUACUCAACCACUGAAAAAGAAUUACUUGCUGUGGUAUUUGCAUUAGAUAAGUUUCGGUCAUACUUACUUGGGACUAAAGUUAUUAUUUUUAUUGAUCAUGCAGCUCUCAAGUAUUUGCUCACGAAAAAGGAGGCCAAG